AUGAUUUCCCGUAUCACCAGGAGAACCGGGGAGCACCCUCAUCCGGGAGAUCCAACCACCAUCAAUCUUCUAAAAGUCCGGAAUACCAUGAAAGAAAAAGCUGUUGAAGGAACUCAAGGACCCCAGCAGAUCCUGCUCGACGCGGCAGCAAGUGUGAGCGAACACACGGCUUCGCAAAUGCCACCCACAAGCACGCUGCGCCGAACCAUAAGGAAACAGCGGCAGCAGAGUUGCAACCCCUACUCCGUUCCUGCAACUCGCGAGGAUGUCGUCAUUCCAGGCGAAUACACGGUUUCUCUCAAGCAAGAAUCCUUCGUCGCCCACGAUAGCGGAUUUGGCGACCGCAACCGCAUCUUAGUUUUUGCCACUCAACGCAACCUUGAUUGUCUGUCGAGGUCCAAAGCUUGGUUUAUGGACGGAACAUUUAAAGUUACGCCAUCCAUUUUUUUCCAAGUGUACACCGUGCAUGGAAUGUACAAAGACGCGGUCAUUCCUUUGGUGUACGCUCUCCUGCCAAACAAGACCGAAGAGACAUAUCAAAGGCUUUUUACAGUACUUUCAAGUCUUCUGACACAGCCUGCGGUGGAGCUGGUGUAUUGUGACUUUGAGUCCGCCGCUAUCAUCGCCACUGGCAACAUUUUCCCGCAAGCGCGUGUUCAAGGCUGUUUCUUCCACCUAUGCCAGGCCGUGUAUCGCAAACUGUGCAAGCUUGGCUUCCAGACACGCUACGGAACAGACGAAGAUUUCGCGGUUUUGGUGAGGAUGCUGCCUGCCUUGGCAUUUCUGCCACCUGCAGAGGUUCCAGAUGCCUUCGAGGACCUCGUGGCAUUGUUUUCAACGGACGCGAUGCCUCUUGCACUCUACUUCGAAGACACGUACAUCGGACGUCGUCGACGGAACGGAUUGUUGUCUGCUAUGUUCCCGACAAGUGUCUGGUCUGUCCACGCAUCUGUUCUGGAGGGCCUUCCGCGCACAAACAACGCCGCCGAAGCUUGGCACCGCAGCUUCCAGACAAACAUCAACUGCAGCAGGCCUAACCUAUGGUCAUUCCUGGGAUGCCUGCAGAGAGAGCAGUCUUUGCAAGAAAUGAAGAUCGCGCAGCUGGACGCUGGUCAACCCCCCUCCGGCAUGGCCGCAAAGUACCGGGUACUCAAUGAGCGCAUUUCACGAAUCUUGUACGAUCACGACGCAGCUCGGCCGCUCUCGACACUGAGAUGCAUCGCACGCAAUGUACGGCUGUAAGUCAACU